UGCUCGGUGCUCCUGUCCUCUCGGUAUUACGGUAAGUCGGUGUCGGUGCGGUUCGGUCAUGGCAGCGGCAGGAACACAGCAGCAGCAGCAGCUCCAGCUCCACAGCUCGGCACAGCAGAGCAACAAGGACUAAGCUGAAACUCUCACCUCUCCCUUUACAAGAAGGAGUGCCAACAGCUGACUCGUUUUCCACAGAACUAUUGGUUUACAGCAGAGUUGUCCGAUUUCACUGCUGUGGGCCUUCCAAAGCAAAGUGGGACACUGUAAAUGUUGAUAUAAACCUCCUAUGUUUGAGUCUUUCGUCGCUUUGUGCUUCCUGCCGGCUGUUUCACCUAUGCCUCGAUGGAAAGUGUUCUUCAGUCAGUACUUGCGAUGGUCCAGCACCGUCACUCAAGCCCUCGCCUUGUGUGUGAUUACAUUUUGCGUUGUCCUUCCUCUGUGCUGCCAUCGCCUUCUGUACUCUUACUUCUUCAUCAAGUCCAUGUACCUGGACUCCAUGAGCGAGGACGCACUACAGGAAAGCUUUAAACGGGGUCAGGACGCUCUGCACUUCUGGCAGAGGUCUUCCACCGGGGCGUUGCUCAGAUUCAGCGAUAUCGCUCAGCAUCCUGAUCUGCUGGUCACCGUGGUGACAGCCAGGCGGAGCGAGGGGCGGGACUUCCACUAUCUGCUCCAGGUGAUGUGGCAGCUAAGUGUCCUUCUAGGAGGCUGUGGGAAGCGACGGUGUGCAGAGGUACUGGUUUGCGAUGUGGAAGGUGGGCCCCAGGAAAACCAGGACGCCAAGCUGCUGGAGUCUUACUUCAGGGUGAUCCAACGCUCGCCUGAAGAGCAGCAGAACCGGGAACGAGUCAACAUCUUUGAGAGAGAGAAGAGGGAUUAUGUCUUUUGUCUCCGCAAGGGAUGGGAGCUCGUGAGGCCCAAAAACAUGGUUAUCCUGGAAGAUGAUGCUUUGCCAAGACAGGACUUUUUCACAGUCAUAAAGGACCUGCUGUCCCGUCGAUUUGCCCUCCAGACUCUUUACAUCAAGCUGUACCACCCUGAGAGGCUACAGCGCUACUGGAACCCUGAGCCGUACCGCAUCCUGGAGUGGGUGGGGCUCGGUCUAGUCAGCGCAACAGCCCUCCUCCUCACGUUCCCUUACUGGAACCCUUGCUCUUUCUCCUUCACGCUGUCAGCCAGCCGUCUCCUCUUCUUCACCCUCUAUUUCAUGGCUGUUGCGGAGCUGCUGGGGCGGCACUAUCUCCUGGAGGCCCGGAGACUUUCCCCCCAGCUCUAUGCCGUCUCCCCGGCCACCGAGUGCUGCACCCCAGCCAUGCUCUUCCCCGGCAACGCCUCUCUCAGGGUGGCCGAGUAUCUGGAUAGCUCGUUCUGCGUCAAAGGGAACGCCAAAGACAUGGUUUUGUAUCAUAUUGCCAGGACGAUACCUGGGGAAAGUUCUCACAGUGUGGAGCCCAACCUCAUCACCCACAUCGGGGCGUAUUCCUCAGUAAGGCCAAACCCAUCCAGGCCCAAGCUUCUCUGAUAGAACCAGGAGGAGGUGGAAGACUCAGUCUAACAAAGUGCAACAAGGUUGGACUUAAUCAGGUUCCUGCUAAGCUGAUUCUACUUUUUUUCUUCCAUGUGACCGUUUGGAAUCUCUAAAGGUGUAAACGCAUUGCUCAGUGAGUGGUGGUUUGGUGAUUUGCAGGUGAAAAGUAUCAAGACAUUCAAGCUGAGAAUUUUAUUUUAGAUGUGGUGGGUCUAGCUUGCAGCAUGUCCACACAGGAGGCGUUUGAGCCGCGGUUUUCAGUCGUUUGUUUUAACAGUAAUAAGGGCCAGAUUAUAGCAUUUCAGUGCUACUUUGACAAAUGUCAAAAUCCCGCUGGAAAACAAAUGUUUUUAUGUGUUUGACCGGCCACAGUGGAAGAUGGAAAGAAAAGCUAGCCUUAAUAAAGGGGUCUUCAGAAAGUGUUGCAUUGGGUGUGAACGUGAAAUAUGUCAUAAAUAGUUGAGUAACAAAUGAAAAAAGUAGAGCUAGAAGAGAAGUAUGCAAGUGUUCUCAGUAAUGUACCUGAAGGCACCGUGUAUAGACAGCCAGAGGACUGAAGUUGUUGCUGCAUUGCUCUAUGGACAGAGUAUUAAAAUUCUUUUGAGGCAGUCUUACGAAAGCUUAAAUGACACAAAGCAUCAGCUUAAACACUCGUUUCUCUUCACCACUAAAUCACUAAAACCCACUCUCACUGAGUUACGUUUUCAGUUUGGGACGAGACCAAACAUGUAUCUUCAUGCUGGAAAUUUUGGUGAGUAUUCAGGUGAGGGUUUACUCUGCUGUCAGGAUUGGUUUACUCACUCACAAAUCUAUUUAUUUACCCUAUCAGAUGCUGUCGGAAUGCCUCCUUGUCUACUUUUCAAGGUUGCAGAUUCCUCAUUAAACAACAUGCUGUUUGUGGACAUGAUGGAAAAUGACUGUAAAAGGGUUUGUUCACUGUUAGUAAAGCCAGAUCAGAUUGGGUUUCAUCAAAUGUAAAGGAAUCUCUUCUGGAUUUCACAAAGCAGCUUAUAGAACUGUCCAAAAUGUUGCUCCUUUUCAAUAAUGCUGUCAUCAUAUCCAACUAUAACUAUACAAUAACUUGCACUCACUAUAAUAUUAUCUCAAUAUCCAUAGGAAAUGUAAAAAACAGAUCUAUUGGUGAGAUUCAUCUUCUGUUUUGCACAUAACAUACACUCUCAAUAUGAGCUUAGGAAGGUGGAGAAAGAGUCGGUAAUGAUAACUGCAGUGAUGUUCCAAGGCUGACGUAAGUAGUCACUGGCACUGGAUUAUUUACAGUAUUUUCAUAUAUUGUCAACAUGAAACGAAUAUUUGUCUUUUAAAUAUUAUGGUUUUGGUCAAUACUAAUCCAACACAACACCCCUACCUCGACAUGUUUCCACUUUCAUUUUUACUGUUAUCUGAAGAAUGAUGAAAGGUUCAAUUUUAGGAUUUUGUAAUAAUUUAAAUGCAUUAUUUCAUAGACCACAUAAUGGAUGGUGAAAGCUGUUUAUUUACUGAUGUGCAAACGAUUUGGUAGGAGCAGCAGUAACUACUUCACGUGGUUACAGGUGGCUUGAAAACGGGUAGCUGUCGUCUGGUUGUGGUUGGAAAACGGUGAACAAAUCCUUGGUAGCACUAACUUGAUGAAGCUGAUGUCAAAGUCGGGAAGUUUUUGUCUGUCAUUGUGUGUGUCCAGAUGAAUCCAGGUGAGGAUCCACUAACUUAGACUGACUUAAAAGCAGCUUCACUUUUCUAGCUCUUGAUAGCCUUGGUGCUGCCUAGCUGAAGGAUAAUAUGCAAAAUUGUAAGGUCAGUUGUGUAGAAAGCCAAACUCAUGAACUCACAUCUGGGGUUGCCUAAAUACCUCUAGCUUCUUGUGGCUGACCAAAAUGGAUGUUUCAAGGCCAACAUUGAUUAUUGGGCAUCAACAAGAUUGCUUGCCAUAGAGAUAUGGCCUAAAACUGACAUUUCGUGCUGUCAAAAUUCUGCAUAACACAAACUCCAAUGCAGAAUUUUAUUGAAAUGUCUUAAACAUUUAAUUUAAGAUCUGGUGCUGAUAGGCUAUUACUCCUGACAUGUAACCAAUCAGAUAGUGCAGAUGUGUAUAAAAAAAAAAGAACAAAUCCUUUGUGGCAGCACCUGUUGGUUUAUGAAUCACCGCUUUGAACCUUCGAGUUUGGAAUUUGGCUGUUGUCAUUGUGCUCUAUUGAAAUGAGUGACUAGUAGAUCUGACUGAGAACUACUGAGGACUCCAUGCACCUGUCAGUCACAGGAGAGCUGCACCCUAAAACCUCCCCUGUUGUUUUAUUGUCUGUGUAAUCCUAAAUGAGAUGAAAAUCAUUUCCUAAAUGAACAUCAUGCUGUAUUGAAAGAUACUUGAAACUAGAGAUUAAGACUAUAAACUUAUUCAGGAAAUGAAGUAACACAAGUGGGUCAUUUUCCUCACAGAAUUCAACACAUUCAGGCUUCUUUUUGCUACCAUGAGCAGUCGCCCCCUGCUGGCCGUUAAAAAGAAUGCAGGUUGAAGGCCCCAUUGAUGUAGUCUGACUCAGCAGACAAGUUGCGAAUAUAAACCUGCUGUUGGCUAAUGAUCUCAUUUGUCUUUCUGCCCUCCUGCUAUGAAACGACGACAAGCUCUGGGUUGCAACCUGCCGCCCUAAAAAUGAAAGUAAAUCUUAGUUUCUCCAAAGAUUUGGGUCGUGCAGUCCGGCAGUCCUGCUAGUGUUUUUGUGGUGGAGUGUUCGUCUUCCUGCGUGCAAAUGUUCCACAACCAUUAUUCCAGCUGUCACUUUUUUGAAUGAACAAUGAAGCCGCAUCUUUCUCAUGAUGGUUGUGAUUGGUUUAAAGAAAUACCCCCAUGACAGAAUGAUGGUGUGGUGCAGCCAGUUCAUUAUAUUCUGCAGAGUGAGACUAGCAUUGACUUUACCUUUCUAAUCCAGAAGUUGCCAAUCUUUGUUGCAAUCUGUGUGGGAUUACAGAGGGGGGUGUCUAUCAGCUGUCAGUAAUCAAUCGAGCCCUAUUGGCUUCUGUAACGGGAUUCAGUCUAGUAGUUAGCAUGUAUGUUAUAACUUUUUAAAACAAAUUGUUUCUGGUGUUUACUUUCCCUUUGAACACAGAUUGACUCAGCAAUUCCUUGAGCAAACUAAGGCCUUUUUGAUUUUAGCAUAGUUAAACUACAAUGGUUUACGUUGUGCUAGCAGAAGAGACACUAAACUUAUGAGUUAAAAGUUAUCCCAGUUGAUGGGAUUUUGAAUGACUUGCUUCUGAAAACUACUGGUUCUGGUUUGCUACAGUGACUUACUAAAACGUCAGACUAUUUAUUUGGCACAAACCGAGCGUCUCACUGACCACUCUGUACCACUGAAUGUGCCUUCGAUGUCUUUGACUUUAAAUAUUAGAAGAGGUUUCACUCCGGAGUUCAGUACAACUUCACCUUUAAGAAGUCCAUGGAGCAGCUGCCAAAGUAAAACCAACAGGCCUAUAAGGUUCUCCAGUCUGCCGGUUCUCAACUUUAAACUGCCAAAAUGAGAAGAGGAGUGGAUGUAUAAAGUAAAAACAACAAGCCUUUAAAUGCUGACAGAUGAACAGGAUCACACCGCUCACACAAUGUUUCUGAGGAUUAUUGUGUUAAAGAUAUAUUAAACAACAGCAAACAUUAUUUUAUAUGUUAUUUAUUUUUUAUGGGCAGCAUGUAUUUUAAAGGACUUGAUCCACAUUCAUGAAAAAUGGAUCAUUUGCUUGGUUGGGAGUCACAUUUUCAGAUAUUACUCUUAUGUUUGUGUGCUUCAUAUGAACCUGCAGCUGAUCAACAUAGCUCAGCAUGGAGACUAGAAAUGAGAAAACAAAGAAAACUGUAUAGUAUACAACAGAACUGAGUUUGUACCUUUGCAGUGUCACUUGACUGUCAUAUGAUUCAAACGUGUCACUGAUCGCCAGGUUUCUUAUUUAGAAUUAAAAACUAACGGUUUGGAUUGCCUUGGAGAUGUGAUGCUCCGUCUUUCUCUUUAAAAUACCCCACAAAGUCAGGCAGCAUGCGUGGUCAAGUCCUAUAUUUCCCUUUUUCUUUUUUAUUAUCUCUUGUGUGACUCUGACAGUGUGCUUUGGAUGGUUAUCAUGUUAUUUUUUUUCCUUUUCUGACAAGUUUCUGCAGACUGGGAGUCAUCUUGGCAGUAUUUUGGUCUAUCUACAGACAUUCCUGGUGCCAUCUAUAAAUGCCUCGUCCUCUGUGCCUUUUGCACUCAUGCAGCCCCAUCAUACUUCCACCACCGUGCUUCACUGUGGUGAUCCUGGUCAGGUUAAUACCUCAUCUAAGCCAGACUAAUUUUAUUUGCCUUGAUCUUAUUUGACUAAAACCAUGCUCCUGACAUUCAUCUGACUUCUUUUUGUGUUCUUUGUCAAAGUUUUAUCCAACUGCACAACAUUUUACUUCUUGUCUUUCACACUGUCAGCAAAAACCUCUGAUUUCAGAUUCCCCUGGUCCCAGAUCUGAUGCUCAAGAUCCUGCAAGUGACCUUUGCACAGUGUAGACAUUUCCCCUGUUUCUAGUCUUCAUGAUGAGCUAAGCUAACGUCAUAUUUUACUGGUCAGACGUCAGAGUUUUAUCAGUGUGACUCUCAGCCAUAAAGGGAAGAGCUUCUUAGAGGAAACAUAUCAGCUGUUCAGUCAUUGAGCAGACUGUCCUGUCAGUGAAUAAGAAGUGAAAAUAUUAUCCUUAUUGUGAAAAGUCUGUUCUAUUUACACAUUGCAGAAUCAUAAAUUUGCCACAGAUUUCACAGUCUGUGCAGCUCCAUGUGAAUUGUGAUUAUUUUUGUUAGAGUCCUAGAAAUUUGAAUAGAUAUUUACAAAAUCAAAUCGUGUGCAAAGAUUAACAGUCUGUAUACAGUGGAGUUAGAUUAACUUAAACAUGUAUUCAAUGUGCACUGUCAAUAUUUCAACACCUGAUCACAAAGAUUUAUGAUCAUUUAGGAACUUUUCCUCCAGUUUUUGGAAGCUCUAAAGACAAUCUGGUGUGUUAGAUGACAAAAUAAUUGUGAACUGCAGUAAAAGGGUUUAUAUUUUGGUCACAUUAUUAUUAAAAAAGUAAAUGAAUGGAAAUAUUUUGAACAGCUUUAAAGGUUAAGUCUACAGAGAUAACAUUUACUUGUGGUUUGAUUUGUUUUUUCUGCCGUACAUCAUUAUUCUGUGUUUAAACGUUACAGCAUUGCUAUGACUGUCCUUCAUUUGCUUCAGUGCAAGUUUAGUAGCAUUCACUGUAAACUGUGUGAUUUUUUUUCUUUCUCUUUUAUGUUUCUGGGCCCUAAUUCUACAGUCCAGCUGAGCAGAGGUUGUUCUUUUGUGAAUUUAGGUGAUAUUGAAAACUCAAAGUUCCAAAUAAAACCGGUGUAUUAGUUUUAUUAAAAGAGGAUUUUUGAGAUUUUCUCAGAAGGAUGAUAAACAUGAAAUAUUUUGUCCUCUGGUUGUCAGUUUGAAUCUUCACAUCCUGUUUGCACUCUUUCUCUUUUUUCUACGUUUAAACACAAUAAAUCACAGUUUGAAGUUA